AUGCCUACAACUGCACCUGCAUCUACUGAUGAAAAACUCGAAAAUGAUGGACAAAAGGCAAAGCUGAAGCGAUCUUCUCUAGCAGCAGUCCAAAAUGACCUGCAAGUUUCUCAGUCUUCGGGAGACAUAAAGCAUGAUGACUCUGCAAAACAAUCAACCACACACAUACAACAAGAUAACCCAGCGACAACAGGACUUGAAACUGACAAGAAAGAACACAAGCCUCGUACUGCAACUCCCCCUACCCCUGUUCCCUCUCCCAAAACUGAUUCUAACAAUCGACGGAACUCUGGAUCCGCUUCGCCUAUCAAAUUGUUAGUAAGAGACAUGACCCACAAUGUACGAAGCCGUGCUGGAAGUGUUGAUGAGAAUGAAGAAAUGGUUGUGGAUAUGUUUGGUCGAUCUGUUCCUCGCUCAAGGCAUCAUUCAUCGGAUGAAGGCUCAGAUUCCGAAAACGAGAGCGCAUCUAGAUCUAGAUCUAGAUCUCGUUCACGAUCUCGCUCACGCUCGCCAGACCAUCGUCGCUAUUACCGAAGAUCUCGAUCACGCUCCACCAGUCCAUACUAUCCAUUUGCAAAAGAUAAUGAUCGACGUAGAAGAGGUGCAAGCCGUGGACGGCGUGGUGACAGAGAUGGGCGUGAUCGAUAUUCAGGUGAUGAGGUCUCUGUCAAUCAUCCAGAGGAAACAGACCCUUAUCUAGCCGCUAGUCGGUAUCUGGAUACGGCGUUUUAUCCAACCAAAAUUUAUGUGGGCAACCUUCCAAGCUCCAUCUCAUUAACAAGUCUUCGGACAUUGUUCUCUCCAUUCGGUGACAUUGAGGACAUGAACUUGGUCGAAGGAAAAGAUUUCGGAUUUGUCACUUAUGUGGAACCAGCUGGAGCUCAGCAAGCCCUGGCUAAAAUGAAUGGUGCAGUGGUUGAUGGAACCUACAUUCGGGUGAAUAGGGCAAAAAUUCCAGAAAGGAACCGCCGUGGUUUUGCAGGAGUUGCCUGGAUGGAUGAAGAUGGCGAGCUCGCAAGAAUAGAGGAAGAGCAGCAUCAACAAGCAGCAGCCAUAGCUGGAGUCUUCUCUAAUGUUAUUUCUAAUCAAGGGCAUUCAAAGACUUUUGAAAACCUUUCAAAGGACAGAGGUUUGAAAUCUUCAAAGAGAGAUCCUUCACCUAUGGCGGCUCGUCAGGCACAUCAACUUCCUGCACGGCCCCGCUCGCCAAAGUUGCCUCCAAAACCCACAGGAGCUGCCCUUUUUCCUCCAGCGGGUGCGGAUCCACGGGCUGUUAUGGCUGCCAGUCGAGGGGUUGGACGACAAAUUUUAAGAUAUGAUGACCUUUAA